UAGCAUCUGGCAACACGGACAGAGCUUAAAAAAAUAACACGACUGUUAUAUGUUGAUUGUAUUUACGUUAUUCUGUUUCUGUUUUUAUUUUGACUAUUUACUCGAAAUUUUCUGUAUCCGUUUGUCUAAUAAUUAAUUCUAUGAAUGUUUUUACUAAUAUAAUUGAGGGUGGUAUCUAUUUUGUGCAAUAAAGCGUUUACAUCAUGUCACUCUUCGACGGUGAAGAAGAGAGAUUUUUUAAUCCCGAAAUAUUUCAGGUCAUUCGUCGGGAAGUCUAUGGGAUUGGUGAUAUCGAGAUUUUGCCGUAUGGUUUUAGAAAUAUUCCUACCCACACAGAAGAUGGUAUACCUAUCAGAAAAUUAUAUGUCACUAAUCUGCCUCCAAAGACAACUCGUACAGAACUAUUUGGUGUGUUUGCACCAUAUGGCUUCAUUAAGAGUUGCUGGUUGCGGAUGGGUGAUAAGGGGUUAAAUCGACUUUCAACACCAACAUAUGCUUUUGUUACAUUCAGUAAUCCUGAGGAUGCACAUAAAGCUUUACAAGCACCUAGUCAUGAGAAAAUGCUCCGUGGACGCAACCUUAGAACAUACCCUGCAGACAGUUGGCAUCAGCCUGCUGAGGAUUCAGAUGGCAAAGUGCGCUGGAGGCCACGCUCUGAUCGUCGCUACUAUGAAGCAGAUAGCAAUAAUAGUAUUGAACAGGAAGAUUGUCCAGAAUCUUCAACAGAUAAUGCUAAUGCAGCCAGUUCAGAAACAGAUCCCACAACUAGUGAACAGGGUUCAACUCAGAAUGGAAAGGAAGAGUCUGAAAAUGAACCCUGCUAUACUAUACUGGACAUAUUGAACAGAGACUGCUUAAAUCACAUAAUGACAUAUGUACCAAUAAGAGAUCUUAUCAGAUCAGAGAGAGUUAGUAAGCGGUGGCAAGAAAUGGUGCACGAAUAUUUACAAACUAUUCGCACGUUCAAGACGUCGUGGUGGCAAUACGUGCCGGUGCGGCUGACGACGGCGGUGCUGCGGCACGUGCUGGCGCGGCUGACGCUGGUGCGGCUGCACGUCGACCACCCCUGGUCCGCGCUCAACGACCGCACCGCGCACGCCAUCGGCAAGUUCUGUCCCGACCUCGAGGAACUCAAGGUUGUUGGAAUGCACACAAAGAAUUGGAAUCCACUUGUUUAUGGAUGCAAGCGGUUGAAAACUCUUGCCUUCAUAUCAUGCAAUAAGCUUACAGAUUCGAGUUUAGUGCAUCUAGUGAAGGACAACUCGAGUAUCGAACAUUUGACAGUUGCCAACAACACACACGUAACUGGUCUCUUUCUCACCGGUCUGAACCCAUUGAAGCUGACCUCUCUCGCGUUCUACAAUUGCUACAGCCUGCAGAGCACACUUCUCAUAGCCGCCAUCGACUCCUUGCCGAACCUGACCACGCUCAAGCUGGACGCUUGUCCAGUUACAUUGUGGAGGAAAGUACCGUGCAUACUGCGCAAGUUGUCACAGCUAGAAGAGUUGUCUCUAUGCGAAUAUUCCUCAGUAGACGUGUGUCUCACGCCUCAACUCAAUGACGAUUUCUCCGAAGCGAUUUCGAAUCUAAAGGAAGUGAAGAGUUUAAACUUUAGCAGGAACAUAUACAUUACUAAUGCUGUGUUGAAGCAAGUUGCGCAAUCAUGCCGCAAACUAAUAUCAUUGGACAUCUCUAGCUGCAAUUCAAGGAAGAGUUUUCCUUAUCCAGGCGUGGGCGACGAGGGCGUGAGCGCGGUGUGCGGCGGGUGCGCGCUGCUGGAGCGGCUGGACGCGUCGUACCUGGCGCGGCUGCGCGACGCGGGGCUGGCGGCCGCCGCGCGCCUGCCGCGCCUGCGCGCGCUGCUCGCGCGCGGCAACCCCGCGCUCUCCGCCGCGCCCUUCGCGCGCGCGCUCGCCGCCUGCCACCUCCUCGAGGAUAUUGAUGUUUGUGGUUGCGAUAACAUUUCCGAAAGCAUAAUCGAGGCUGCCGUGGAAGCAUUAGAAACCAAGCCAAGGAAACUAGUGUUGCGAUUGGCCGGUACUGCUGUAUCAGAACCCGAAGUAUGUAAUGGACACAAUUUGCUGACUGUCAAUACACAAGACAAUCGUUGCAACCCUCACUUUCGGCCAGACUUCGUUGAUCGUAUAUUAGAGGACAGUUCGGACGAUUCUCUAAUAGAUGACCUUCUCGAACACGAUGAUUUCGAUGAUUAUAUUUUUCAAGAUGAUGAACUUUUCCUGGAAGAGGACGAUGACGACGACGACGUGGAGAGAUAUUACUAUGGAAUCCAAUAUUAUUAACCAAUGCAUAUAAAGCUGUGGACGCUUCACAACUACUCCAUAGUCACCAUAACAUUACAUACUGCCAAAGCUACCACACACAGUUGGUGGCAAAGCGACAUACUGUAAAGUAAUUUAUUAAAGCGCACGCCAGAAGCACGAAAAAUUUCGUAAAUUACUUCACUUCACCUCUUUGCUAAAAACACAUAUUCGCAACCGUCAAUCAUCCUUCUAUAAAAUAACGCUCGACUUUUUGUAAAUGACUUCCAUGGGACUGGAAUUUGUACUAUGUUUUAUUGUGAGAUUAUUAUUUAUGGUGAGACGAGCGACGGAGUUCAGCAGAAAUUAUAGAUUUCUUUUUCAAAAUGAGUGAAAGAUUUCAAUAUACGAUACGGUACGAUAUUAUCAUUACGGCUUUGAUUGUAAACUCGGUAUAUAAUACAAACUCUCAAGUGGAAGAUUCUGAAAAUAUUUUAUUUGUCUACAAAGGUCUUAUAAUAAUCGUUAUUAGUAAACAAGCUUUUUAUUUAAAGAUUCGGAAUUAAUUUUUAACAAACGUGAUAGUAAUCAUAAAGAAUUUUCACAUUGGACAAUGUUAUGGGUGUCUAUCUUUAAAUAGGAUAUAUGUAUAUAAUUUCUUGUGCUUGUGGCGUGUGCUUUAUAUGAUAGGUAUGUGGUUAAAUAAUUAGAUGUGUUCUUUAUUCAAAUUAUACUCAUAUUUUCAACUAUUGCAAUUUUACUUUUUAUUGUUUUCAAAACAAGAGUAAUCAAGUUUCCUUCAAUAUGUUGUUAAUGUUAUUCUUGCAUGAUUACAAUUACAUUAAUUAUAUAAAAAGAAGUAGCCAAUAAUAAAAGUAACAGAAUAUAGACUAAUUUUUGAUAGCGCUUAGCGACUACGUGUCGCCACGUGUUCCCUGUUAUUCGAGAUACGGACACUAUGUAACUUAUACCUGUGAUGUAUACAUAAUUCUUUUCUCAGUUGUAUUUUUAUAGUCAUUAUUGCUUACUUACUUUUGUAUGUAUAAAAUAUUUUAUGUGUAUGGUUAAUAUAAGAAGCAAUCUGAAAAUUUGUGAUACAUUAAUAAUAAUAUGUUAUUUAUGUUUCCUUACCUUUCUGUACAUCUAACUUGGUAUUAUUUGUAUAUUGGAGAAAUUAGAUGUAGGACUUGUUAAUAUCAUGAAACAUACGAAAAGUAAGUUCAGUAGCGAAUGUAAAUUAUUUGCUGAAAAAUGUAUAAGAAAUAUAUCUGUAUACAUAAAAGAGUAUGAAUUUGGUAAUUUAUUAAACCCUGCAUUGCCAUAUGUAUGUCACUCGAAUAUUAUUUAAUAUGUAUAUCGAGAAGUCGUUGUAUAAUAAAAUAUUACGUAUUUAAACAGCAUAGUAUGUAUACAGAUUUCACAUUUAUCAUAAAAAUAUAUUUCAAUUAGAAAAAUACACAAUUACAAUAAAAACUUGAUAAUCCAAUGUUUGCUAAUACUGCAGGACUGGCAAUGUCUGUAUUAUCUCUCAAAAUUAUUACGUGUUUUAAAAUUAACAAUUUUACUUCUAAAAUAUCAUUAAUAACUAUUUUAAAUAGCGUACUGGAAUGUUCAACAUGAAUAAGAUUCUUUACGUUCAUCAUGAACGUUUGUCGUUUCCACAUUCCGAAAAAUUCUAAUUAUAUAAUAUCCAUGUGUUUAUUUGCCAUCAUUGUAUAUGUUACGUAAAAAGAAAUCUAUAGUUACCAAAGAUUUAGUGAUAGCUUUAAGAUUUAUGGUUUAUAUUCGUAAGAGAUGAGAAUUAAAGCGAUUAUUGAGCUAAAUUAUGAUAAUUUACUUAGAUCAUCUCAAAGUUAAAGAUUACCUAAAACAUUUUUUUUUUAAAUAAUCACUCAAAGUAAUAAGAAAAAGUCCUUUUAUUUUGAUAGAAAAUGUAGAUAUUGCCAGACUUUAGGUCAAAACAUUACGUCUCAAUGGCAUUGUUGUACGCGACCAUUACCAGUUCCUAAUGAUGAUAACGAAAUACAAAUCUUAUCACAAAUACAAAAUAUUUGCCUUAAUAUGUUAUGUGUGAAAAUAACAAUAUAUUAUUUUUCAUAAAGUAAUUGGUACUUUUGUAUACACAUUUACAAUAACUGGUUCAUGUUUUUAUAACAAAAUAGAAUACUUCUAUGCUUGCAAUAUGGUUUAAUUUGGUUGCACUACACUGUACAUGUAACGCAACAUAUGUAUAUUAUUGGUCUACGCAGACGAGGGACUCGUAUGUCGGAUAAAAUUUCCCUUUAUGUUUGUCAUCUUUGGACUUUCAAGUCCGACGAGAAACAAUCGUCGGCGAAAAUAUUAGUCCGAUCAUAAUGUAACCUGUGAACUUGCAUACUAUAUAUAUAUAUAUAUAUAUUGUACAUUCCUUGUUUAAGUUCGAGUACAUGGGUUAUAUAAAGCCAAGUUUUAUUCGCAUCCCAUGACGGAAAAUUGUCCAUAUUUACGUAGGUCUUAAGUGUUACUUAAAUGAGUCAGCUUUAUACAGUCGAGAAUAGCAUUACUUUAGCCAACCUCAUAGUAAUUUGAACUGUGAUCUAGAAAAUUGUUUUUGUUACUAAUAAAAUGUUAACACAUAAUGUAACAACAUAUUUACUGAAGUGUAUUAUUUUCACAGCUGUUUUGAUGCAAUUUUUUUUAUUUAGAAUCUUUUUCAGGAUUUUGUUAUAUUGCUCUAGCUUUAUUUAUUAUACAUUCCUUUAUAAUAUUGAAUUGGAUGUAUAUAAUCAAAGUGGCCGUUUUUAUUUAGUUUUAUUAAAAGUUGAUUUUGUUUUAAUCACACAGAAUGAUCAAUUACUAUAUUUUAAGGCUUUUAACAACAGUUGUUAAUUUUACUGAGUGACAGGAAUUUUUUGUUGUUUUCAAAGUUUGGGUAUAGGUUUUAAAUGAAUUUUGUAUAAUUAUGUAGCUUAUAUAAAUUCUGUCAAUUGUUUCAUUAAUUUGACAGCUUGCAUGUUGAAUUGAUUUCACUAAUAUUAAAAAUUGUGUGAAGCUAUUUGUCUUUUUUUGCAUUGGUUUGUGUUUUAUUAUAUUUUUGUCUUGAAACUUGUAAGCUGUUGAAGUUAACAUCUAAAAUAAAUAACAUAAACAAUCAUGCAUUCAAUAAAAGCAAACUGAAUGCAAGUUUUAGUUAAUUGUUUAUGUUCGAGUAGAACAAUUUAUUUCACUAUUAUUCUUGACUCAGAUUAUAUUACAUCAGAUAUUUCCAGGGUUCACACAAGUAAUUUGUUUUUAAAAUUGUUUUAAAAACCUCAUGCAUGAGAUGAUUUGUGAAGAGAUCUUAGAUUUUAUACAUUGUUUUAACAUUAUUAAUAAGAAACAGAUUACAAUUCUCUUUAAUUA